UCUCGCCGUUGCUCUGUGGGAGCCCCUUCAGCGCGACGGCGCCUUUCUCCUCACAGCCGCGAUAAAGCCACUUGAGUGUGCUCGCAAGUUACAGAACAGCUGUCUUCUCAAACGUCUAAACAGAAAGGAUAUUCUCUACUCCCUUUCUUAAAUGGGGAUUGCAGCUUGUCUGCUUCUGCAGUGGGAAAGAGAAACCUUUUAAGCAGGGGAAGAAGCUGGAGAGCAGGUUGUGAGCCAUGCCUUUGGUGAAAAGGAACAUUGAACCGCGGCAUCUCUGCCGAGGCGCUCUGCCAGAGGGAAUUACUAGUGAACUGGAAUGUGUAACGAAUAGUACCCUGGCUGCCAUCAUACGCCAACUAAGCAGCUUAAGCAAACAUGCUGAAGACAUAUUUGGUGAAUUGUUUAAUGAGGCCAACAGCUUCUACAUCAGAGCAAAUUCCCUUCAAGACAGAAUUGAUCGCCUUGCUAUCAAAGUUACCCAGCUGGAUUCAACAGUAGAAGAGGUAUCGUUACAGGAUAUCAACAUGAAAAAAGCCUUCAAGAGCUCAACAAUUCAAGAUCAGCAGGUAGUUUCAAAGAACAGCAUUCCUAACCCGGUGGCUGAUAUUUAUAAUCAGAGUGACAAACCACCACCUCUGAAUAUUCUUUCACCUUAUAGGGAUGAUAAGAAAGAUGGAUUGAAGUUCUAUACUGACCCUUCCUAUUUUUUUGAUCUUUGGAAAGAAAAAAUGUUACAAGAUACUGAAGAUAAGCGAAAAGAAAAGAGGAGACAAAAGGAGCAAAAGCGUAUAGAUGGCACCACCCGUGAGGUGAAAAAGGUUAGAAAAGCCAGGAACAGACGCCAGGAGUGGAAUAUGAUGGCGUAUGACAAAGAGCUUAGACCUGACAACAGGUUGUCUCAAAGUGUGUACCAUGGAGCAUCUUCCGAGGGAUCACUGUCCCCAGAUACUAGGUCCCAUGCAUCUGAUGUUACAGAUUAUUCUUAUCCUGCUACUCCGAAUCAUUCCCUCCAUCAGCAGAUAGCAAUGCCUUCAUAUGGAACAGGAGAUGGUCCACAGUACAUGGCAGCAUCCCAAAGCCAUGAGCAUGAAUACAGACCACCUUCCACCACUGUACGACAUGCUACUUUAAACAGACCUCAGCAACCACCUCCACCUCCACCCCAGCCUUCAGAUGGCCAACAUAGCUCAGUACCUGUGGUACCAGCAGAAUAUGGGAUGCUUCCAGCUCAGAUGGUGGAUUAUUACAAUCCUACAGGUCCUCCCCCUCCUCCUCCUCCCCCUAUGAUUCCUUCAGCACAAACUGCAUUUGUUAGUCCCCUUCAGCUUCCUGUACCACCUUCCCAUUCUGGACUGGUGACUGGCUCUACAUAUGCAGCUACUCAUCCUCCUCCUUCUAGUGGGCUUGUUGUCACUGCUCCUCCUCCUCCCGGCCCACCUCCUCCCCCUCCAGGCCCUCCUGCUACAGGGUCAUCCCUCUCUUCCUCCCCAAUGCAUGCUCCUCCAGCUACAGAGGCAAAACGUCAUGAACCUGCGCAGCCGCCAAUAAGUGAUGCACGGAGCGAUCUUCUUGCUGCCAUUCGAAUGGGAAUUCAGCUGAAAAAGGUGCAGGAGCAACGUGAGCAAGAAGCAAAGCGAGAGCCUGUUGGAAAUGAUGUGGCAACCAUCCUUUCAAGACGCAUUGCCGUGGAAUACAGUGAUUCUGAUGAUGAUUCAGAGUUUGAUGAGAACGAUUGGUCAGAUUGAACCUGGUCCAAGCCCAGUGGCAAGUUCAUUAAAUACUUGGCUGCAGUGAUUGCUUUCUUAGCAAGAUGUAAGGCAGGAUGUUGACAUGUAUUAAGGCUAGUGAUCGAAGUACUAAAAUUGAAUUGGUAUUAUUCAGAAUGCUGUAGCUUAGCAACUCUGGUAAUAAUGAUGUGAUUAUGCUUAUGCAGAUCAGAAACUUGUCUUACUUUCAGUAUUUACAGCAUAAUACUUAAGUGCCACUAAAUGUAGCAAAUCAUGUGCUGCGUGCAAAAUACGCUGCAGUUGUUGCACUGUUACAGAACCAGCAUUUUAUUUUACUUUCCUGAUCUUGAAGGGAUAAAAUACAUUUUUUUGACUUUACAUCUUAAUCUUUUAAUUAUGUAAGCAACUUAGGUACUUGUGAAUUGGUCUGGUUGUUAGUCUUUGAGGGCAGUUAACUAUAUGACUGGGUGAAGUGCUGUGUUCCAUAAAUAUGACUUUUAGCUUUUUUAUUAGCUACUAAUUAUGCCCACCUUAGUCUAUUUUUAAUCACUUCUUGGCUUAGGUUUUUUUGCAUACAGAAUUGAUUUGAUAUAAUCUUUUUAUCUUAAAAAUGUAGCAGAUGAUGAAAUGUAUGCUUUGAAGUAUGAAUCCACAUGAUCCAAAAUUAACAUUUUGUGAGCAGACUGGAUAAGUUUGUAACAGCACCAGCUCUAGGUUGCUGGCUGCUUGUUGGGUAGAGUGCUGGGGGGUCUCAGGUAGGUAGCGGAUGCAAGUCAACGUUACGAAUGAAAGUUAAAAUACGUGUAGAGCUUUUCAGUUUUACGAUACAGAUCAACUAGAUGCAAAGACUUCAGGAUAGACCUGAUUGAAGCCAUAGGAUUAUUGCAGUAUAGAAGUGUUACUCUUAUUACUAAAGAUUGGAACAGUCCAGAUCUAGCAAUCAGAUACAUUUCACAAGUAUUAAACUUGGUCUUUAUGCCUGUAGGUAUAAAUGUUUGUAAAUAAGUUUUGUUGUUGUUUAUUUGUACAUGUGUAGUCAUGACAGAUCGUUUUCCGUUUCCUGUAGCACGUUUACUCAAAACUACUAUUACUUUGAAUGUAUUUCUUUCCACAUACACCCAUUGAUAAAACAUUGGCAAUUAAAGCAGUUUUAAUGGCUAUUUAGGUACUAUGCCAUAUAUAUACACUUAUUUGCUCCUUCCCUAGGAACAAUUGCUGCCAUGCAGUCUGCUUUGGCUGUCUCUGUUUUCUUUAAAAAUAAUUCCUUUUUUUUCACGGUACAGUAUUAAAAUGUUUUUUUUGUUUUUGUUUUUUCUUUCUUCUGGACCAAGAGUCAGGCUGCUGCUUUGCCUAAUGAGGCUUUUAAAAAUGUAUUCAUAGCAGAGGAAGAGUUCUUUCCUUACCAGAUUACAGUUUUAAUCUUUGUAACUGAAGUCUGUGUAAUUCCAGGUCUAACAUUUGGUAAACCUCCUUUGUUCUGUGAGGCCCUGUCUGUUCUUAAAAAAAAAAAAAAGGAUGUAAAAUAAAAAGAGAAAUGGAAGAUAAUAAUCUAACCUGUGUUUACACAAUUAAGAGUUUUAGUCCUGAGAAUGUAACGGUCUAACACGAUGUUUGCAUGCAAACUGCUGGCUACUGCAUUGCUGUUUAAUCUGCGUAUGAUUUUUUCAGUCUGUGGUGGCUGUCUUUAUGGUGGGGUGGUAACAUGCUGCCUCAAUGUUGGUGUUAAAAUUUAUGACAUAAAGUACGACCAAUCUCUGCAUAGUGGUGAGCAACUACAGCUCUUGGUAAUUGGUGGCAGCUGAAAGUACUCGUCUCGGUUUCAGUUGGAGGUGGUUUUGUCUUUGCCUUAAAAUGCAGAGCUGAAGUCUGCUUUAUUUUGUGUCCUGGAGUCUGAGGUCUGUGUGUCCACCACAGAGGACAGAAUUUAGGCCAUAGCCUGAUGGUGGUUUUUAUCACUGUAUGAGAGAUGGUUUGUUCUGAUCAUCAUGGUGUGCUUGCACAGUGGCUUGCAAAAUGAUUCUUUGGACGUGUAGGCUAAAAGUGCAACUGGGACUGCAGGGUUACAUCGCUGUAUAGGUGGGGAGAGUAGUCUCAGUAUGCUUUUAAUACAUGCUGAAAUGAAAUAUCUCAGCAGAAAAUUCUUUCCAAUCUACUGAAAUUUGAUAUGACAGAAGAUAUAUUUUAUGAGCACAGAAGUUGGGUGUGUCUGAAAUUUUGUAAUUUGUGUUAAUUUUAAAUAAUAAGCAUUAAACAAGCAAUCAGUUGUGACCAGUUAAGAUAGCGUAGAUUUUUCAGUCAUAGCAGCCAGCCUGUUUUUCUGAACCUGCAAUGUUGUCAUUUUCCUUUCGGUAUUUUAUUAAUAAAAUGUGAAUUGAAUUUAGUAAUGUAAACUAACAUUAUUCUAGGCUGUUUUUAUCAGUUUUAUCAUACUUUGGGUUGUGAAUAAGUAAGAAAUAUGAAUAAAAUCUCACUUUUGA